CGGCGGUCUCCUCUCUCACAACGGCUGAGGCGGCGGACACUCAAUAUGGCUUCCGUACGAUUGGUCUCCGGUCGCUCGUCCGUUCCGUAAAAAAUAAUAAUAAAUUUUUUUUUAAUUAUACAAUUUUUUUUAACGAAAUCAGUACUCGUUAUUUACAAAAAAAAAAUAUUUCCAAUACCUACAAUAUUUCGCGUGAUCGUCAGUGGGGCCGCCGCCCUCGAGUGUAACAUAUUUCUAUCUCAUGUAAAUCGUUUUGUGCGUGUGUGCUAAAAUCUGUGUCCGUAUCGUAAAAGUGUGUGUGUGUGUAUGUGUGUGUGCAUACGUCCGAUUCUAUAAAAUAUUAUAGUAAUUAAUGCUGGUGUUGUGUUCCUAGUGACUAGUGUCGGCGGUGGUUGCUGUCGUGUACGUACGACUAGUGAUAAUAUUAUAUAAUUGAUGUGUAGAUCGUUGUGGCUUUAUAGAGUUAAGAGUCGUCAAGUGUCGGAGGUGUAAAUCCGUCGUCGGCGUCUCUGAGUGCGAUAUCCAUUAUGUCGUCUUUCUGAACCGCUUCGGAGAGACCGAAACGUCGCCGUUGCAGUCGUCAUCAUCGUCAUCACCAUGAACUACCGUCCGAAACCCAAUCCUUUCGAUGGCUUGAGGAACUCUCCGUCUUCGCACAAUCGUGGAGGACUCAGCUACAUGACUACAAUGGAACGGGAAAAACAACGUGAGAAAGAAAGGCAGUCUAGACAGCAACAAGUUUCCGAGAACAAUGUCAAAGACAAGAAAGAACUGUUCGGCUCUCCAGUAAAGGUGGACGAUGCAAACGACGAUGAACAGAGCCAGCUGAUCCAGAGUCAGUUGGGUUCGUUCGACGACGCCAAACCGUACUUGGACCUGGUGUUCAGCUGCGGAAUCGCCGGCAUGCCGCCGAGUCCCGCACCUCCGCCUCCGCCGUCGUCUUCGUCGCUGUCCGUCGCCGGUAUGAUGCAACACCACCACUCGUCGUCAUCGUCAUAUCCCUCCUCGUCGUCUGCAGCCGUCUCCGCAGCAUCAGCCAAAUCACACCAUCACGCCUCCACCGCCGCUGCCGCUGUGAUCAGCCAACAACAGUCGUCGUCCAGGAGAUCAGUAUCGCCCGCGUCCGGCGGUGGAUCCGUGGCACCCACUGUCGCGGCGUCCUUUAAGAAACCGACCGUCACGUCGCACGCCAUGGCCAGGUCCUCAUCAUCCGGGGGCGGCGGCGGCUCCUCUUCCUCAGCGCACUUUCAACCACCCGCCAACCCACCCAGGAGCAGUAACUUUUUGAAACCUGGUGAAAUGAAGCCACCUUACUCGUCGAUGAGCCGAUCGACUAGCAGUAACAUGAGAAGUAGUCAUUCUUCGCACCACAGGCCCACACAUAAGCCCAACCUUGCCAUACCAAAUGUAAAGAAUAGUCAUAAUUCAAACGAUACCAACACGCCCAGCACGAUCGAAGACAUCCUUAACGAAAUGACCGUCGGUCUUCCGCUCGUGUCAGACAUCGCUGAAACUCCGAGGGUCUCGAUCGUCGACUCCAAGUACACCGCAGACGGAAAGGUGGAACCGCAGCAAAGGAUGAGUCCCAAAGAUGCGUCCGAGAGCCUGAAAAAAUUGCUCGGUGAAUCCAAACAACUGUUUCCGGAUCCCGUGCACAGAAACCAACAGCCGUCGUCGCACGGCGUCUCGCCGGACGCCGCUGCUUCCGUCUCCGCUGCAGCAGCAGCAGCCGCCGCGGCCGUGCCCAUGGACGCCAAACCGUCGGGGCCGUACAACCAUUCGCUGUUCGCAUCGUACAUGGUCAAACCGUCGGUCAGAGGGUCUAACAUAAUGCCGCAACCGCAGCAGACGCAACUGAUACAGGAAUCGCAACAGUUGUCGUUAUCGCCACCCACUGACAAGGUCCGCCGGAGUUCCACGUCGACCAACGUCAUAUCGUCUGACACAACCAACUACAGUUCCACAAAGGCCGACAAGACCAGUAGUGACAUGUCUGUGGAUGAAGACAGCUCGUCCAGUGAAGAAGGCGAGAAGGACAGUAGUUCGGAUAGUAGUUGUAGCGACAGUGAGAGUAACGACGAGAAGAAGGACACCGUCCCACCGGCAGCCGUUUCACCGCCCCCGCAAGAGGAACAGGAAGAAGAGCCCAAGUGGUAUCUGAAAAACUUUUUGAAAAAGAGCACGCCCGACACGAACAACACGACCAGGACGUCACAACAGGAGGAACCUGUUGGAUUGGGCGAUCCUAAAUCUAGUCCAGGUUUUCCUACGCAGCGAUCUGAGGUUGUUGAAUUACUAUCGGAAAUGUCAGAUUCAGACUCUACUCACAGUGAUAAACAAAAAAGCCAAUCAUCUUCAUCAUCUUCAUCGUCUUCAUCAUCCUCAUCAUCCGAAGACGAAGACGAUAAAAAGAAAAAACCUCGUGACACUAGUUGUGAUAGUGAUUCAUCCUAUAGUAGCCGUUCACAUAAAUCAUCUAAACCAAUAACGGACUUACACAAGAAAUACUCGGCAUUAGCAAAGUGUGAGAAAAAGGAUCUCAAGAAAUCAUUAGUAAAACCUGCUAAAUUAGUAGAAAAGAAAUCGACACCAGUGAUAGUAAAAAAAGAGGAACCAAUUGAAGAACCAGUUGCAAAAAAGAGAGGUCGAAAGAAGGGUUCGACAAAAACUCCUAAACCUCUUCCGCCAUCAAAAAUCAAGUCAAAACCUUUGGUUUCAUCAGAUACAGAGGACGAUGAACCACCAAAACCAGUAAAGAUAAGUGAAAAACGAAGAGGUCGACCACCAGGUAGUAGUAAAAAGUCAAAAGUGGUAUCAGCUAGCAGUGAAUCGGAAGAAUGGACUGAUAGUAGCCGAAAGAGUCGGAAAAAAGAUUCCGAAAAGAAGUCUUCACAUUCAGUAAAGAAAACACCGUCUUGGGAAAAAAAUCAACCUCAAAAACCUGUAGCUCGAGUCAGUGCUGCUCUACGUCCACCACGUUCAAUUUCGAGCAGUGCAGACUCAGACUCCUCUGAUGUAGAAUGCAGGCCGCCACCCAUAUCAACAACAACUGAAAGUCCACCCAAACUUGAUGUAGAGGGAAUCAAAGUGCAAGAUAAGAAAAAGAAUGAUACUUUAAGGAAACUGUUUAUAACACGGCGUGAAGAUGGUGGGGCCAAGAGUGGUGGAAAAUCCAAAGGUGGAAAAGGUGGCAAAGGUGGAGUUAUUAUAAUUGAUAACAAUGAAGCAAUGCGCAAUGAUAACGAACGUGUUAUAUCUCCUGUACCAGUCAUUCCACUUAUACCUAAAGAACCAGAAGGCCUAAAGACUUUAAAAUUAUCUGUGCUGUGUAAAAUACCAUUAAGUAAAUUGCCACCUAAUUUAAAUUACUUGGUGAAACCAGCAAGAUCUGAAGAGCUGAGAACCUGUGCUGAUUUGGCAAAUACAAGGCAAGAUGAAAAAAAACAAAAGCAUAGACAUCAUAAACAUCAUCACAAAGGCAGUCCAUCACAAACCAUUUCAGGAUCAGAAAAAUCUAAAUCCAAUGAAUCUCCAGCUAACACUGCUCCGCCUACUCAGCCUCUUCUCCAACAGCCUUCUUCUGAUAGCUAUUCCAAAGGCAUGAUGGAUAAUGUUAAUGUAUGGCGUAAGCCAACAUCUGUUUGUGCAGUAAUACCAGAAGCAAAAGUUAAACCCCUAGAGCAUAGUACCAUGUCAUACUUACAACGUCCAGCUGCUACCAGCGGUUUGAUUCACGGCCCUUAUGAAGAAUCAUCUGAAGAUGAAGAUGGUGGACCACCUCCUUUCCUUCCUUAUAGUACCACCUCUGUUCAAAUAAUGGACCCUCGGUAUAAACGUUCACUGGAACUAGAUCAAUACUCUCCUAAUGCGUCGAAAAGACGAAAAUUUCACAAUCCAACUGGGUCAGCAACACUAGGAAGAUAUGCUGCAGGAAUAGGCGACGGAUUAAUAAAUGAUAUCUUGGUGGAUCGCAUGCAUGAAGUUCCUGUACAACCUCCACCCAGACAACCAUCAUGGCGCAUGCAAUCCAUGCACCACCAGUAUCCUCCAAGGAAAAGAUUCUUCUCAUACUUUGUAACUGACUUGUACCCUGAAAAUAAUAUGCACCAAGAGGUCCCCUUGAAAGAGGCACAAGCAUUGACCAAAUUAGCAGAGUACGAGCCUGAUCCCAUUACUCAAGAAAUGAAAUAUUUGGACGGUAUACUGUGUUUUGUACUUAGCGGACAUUUGAUGGAGAAUGAUGGGACUAGGGAAAGAGCAGUGCUUAAGAUUUAUAAUGACACUGUUGACUUAAUUAAAGUUAUUUGGUCAAAAAUAUACAACUAUCGUGCAGACUGUGAUCACGAGGAGCUAGACGAAAUAUUUGAAAUGGCUGAUAAUCCAGAAAGGGAUAAUAGGCUGUUAAUACUUUGGAUGAGGUGUCUUAGUUUCUUGCGAUUAAAAUUGUUUAAACUACUUGUAUACCAAAAUCGACAGAAUUUCAAGACUGUUCAGCAACAUUUCCUGAAGAAUGUGGGUUCAAGUCCCAUUUCACCGUCUCCAUCACCAGCCAGUUCUGUGGAGAGUCACUCUUCAGGAUACUGUAGUAGUAGCAUCACACCCAGUGGUGGAGCUGCAUCUGGAGCUGUGACAGGUGUGAUCGGUGUUCCAAUAGUUGUGCACAAUGCUAUUCAUUCACAGCACAUAUUGUAUUGUCAUUUGGCAGCAGCACAUGAAAUGUGGCAACGUGCUGACCUUUUAGUUAUGCGCGGGAAACAUACGCAAUUCUUUGUUGAGAUGGACCGACAUUGUGGACCUCUCACGCUGCAUAGUACCGGCCAUGAUCUCACACUGUACGCUCGCAUUGCCAUUUCCCGCAUGAGAUGUGAGUUUAAUAUAAAAAAUUACCUUCCAUGAUAUUAGAUGAACACCUCGGAAGCUAAGUCAUCGCACACAUAAAAUAAAGUACAGACCGUACAGUCUUGUCGCAUUUCGUCAUCGUCUUGGGCUUCAUUGUAACGAGGAAUUAAAUUUCUGUUUCAUGUAAAUUGUUUAUAAACUACUUAAAUGUAGGUUAUAACUUUAUAAUAUAUAUCCUGUAUAUAACUCAUGUACAGCUACUUCAUAUUCUCUUCAGUAUAUUCUGUGUAUUUUUUUUAUUUAAAUAAUUUUAACUUUGAAAGAUAAAUUGUUAUAUUUUGACACAAAAUACUAUAAAAAAAAAAGAAAAAAAGUUAUAUUACUAUAUAUUUAUAAUAAAAAAAAUUAUAUAUAUGUGAAUCAUAUAUGUAAAAUAUUAAUUAAAAUUUGGUUCUGAGCAAGACUCUUAAAUAACA